CUUGUUGACGGGGGCUCUUCUUGCUGGUCGGUGCCCCAGGGCCAGGAGAGGUCUGAAGAGACCUGGGAGCCGGUAGCCCUGGGCUCCGCUCUGGGUUCUGAAAGCCCAUUCCUUGCUCUGCGGCUCCUCCCACCCCACCUCUUCUCAGCCUUGCAGCUCAGCGGUUGAUCUCAGGAGUCCAGGACCCCGGAGAGGGAAGAAUCUGAGGAACACAGAACAGUGGCCUGGGAUUUAUAAAACUGGGUUCUGAAUGCUGAAUAGGAGACGGUAAGAGCCAAGGCAAAGGACAGCACUGUUCUCUGCCUGCCUGAUACCCUCACCACCCGUGAACCAUCCCCCAGACGCCCCCUUAACUCUGGGACAGAGAUGGCUGGCAGAGCCUGGGGCCGCCUGGCCUGUUACUUGGAGCUCCUGAAGAAGGAGGAGCUGAAGGAGUUUCAGCUUCUGUUCGCCAGUAAAGUGCACUCCAGCGGCUCUUCGGGCGAGACACCCACUCAGCUGGAGAAGACGAGUGGCAUGGAGGUGGCCUCAUACCUGGUGGCUCAGUAUGGGGAGCAGCGGGCCUGGGACCUAGCCCUCCGUACCUGGGAGCAGAUGGGGCUGAGGUCACUGUGCACCCAAGCCCGGGAAGGGGCAGACUACUCUCCCUCAUUCCCCUACAGCCCGAGUGAACCCCACCUGGGGUCUCCCAGCCAACCCACCUCCACCGCAGUGCUGAGACCCUGGAACCGUGACUUGCCAGCGGAGUGCACCCAGGGCUCAGAGAGAAGGGUUUUGAGACAGCUGCCUGACACAUCUGGACACCGCUGGAGAGAAAUCUCUUCCUCACUCCUCUACCAAGCUCUUCCAAGCUCCCCAGACUUUGAGUCUCCAAGCCAGGAGUCGCCCAAUGCCCCCACAUCCACAGCAGUGCUGGCGAGCUGGGGAUCCCCACCUCAGCCCAGCCUAGCACCCAGAGAGCAGGAGGCUCCUGGGAUCCAGUGGCCUCUGGAUGAAAUGUCAGGAAAUUACUACACAGGAAUCAGAGAAAGAGAGAGAGAGGAAUCAGAGAAAGGCAGGACUCCAUGGGAGGCAGCAGUAGGAACGCCCCCACAGGUGCACGCCAGCGUACAGCCCCACCGCCACCCACAGGAGCCUUCUGCGAGAGAGAGCCUCUGUUCCACAUGGUCCUGGAAAAAUGACGAUUUGAACCAAAAUUUCACACAGCUGCUACUUCUACAAAGACCUCACCCCAGAAGCCAUAAGCCGCUGGUCAAGGGAAGCUGGCCUCAUGAUGUGCAGGAGGAUCGAGGACGUUUAAUUGAGAUCAGAGACUUAUUUGGCCCAGGCCUGGAUACCCAAGAACCUCGCAUAGUCAUACUGCAGGGGGCUGCUGGAACUGGGAAGUCAACACUGGCCAGGCAGGUAAGGGCAGCCUGGGGGAGAGGCCAGCUGUAUGGGGACCGCUUCCAGCACGUCUUCUACUUCAGCUGCAGAGAGCUGGCCCAGUGCAAGGUGGUGAGUCUCGCUGAACUCAUCGGAAAAGACUGGACAGCCACGCAGGCUCCCAUUAGACAGAUCCUGUCUAGGCCAGAGCGGCUGCUCUUCAUCCUCGACGGUGUGGAUGAGCCAAGAUGGGUCUUGCAGGAGCCGAGUUCGGAGCUCUGUCUGCACUGGAGCCAGCCGCAGCCGGCGGAUGCACUGCUGGGCAGUUUGCUGGGGAAAACCAUACUUCCCGAGGCAUCCUUCCUGAUCACGGCUCGGACCACAGCUCUGCAGAACCUCAUUCCUUCUUUGGAGCAGGCACGCUGGGUAGAGGUCCUGGGGUUCUCUGAGUCCAGCAGGAGGGAAUAUUUCUACAAAUAUUUCACAGAUGAAAGGCAAGCAGUUAGAGCCUUGGGGUUGAUCCAAUCAAACAAAGAGCUCUGGGCCCUGUGUCUCGUGCCCUGGGUGUCCUGGCUGGCCUGCACCUGCCUGAUGGAGCAGAUGAAGCGGAAGGAGGAACUCACAUUGACCUCCAAGACCACCACGACCCUCUGUCUGCAUUACCUUUCCCAGGCUCUCCGAGCUCAGCCGCUGGGGCCCCAGCUCGGGGACGUCUGCUCUCUGGCUGCUGAGGGCAUCUGGCAAAAAAAGACCCUUUUCAGUCAAGAUGACCUCAGGAAGCAUGAGUUAGAUGGGGCCAUCGUCUCCACCCUCUUAAAGAUGGGUAUUCUUCAGGGGCACCCCAUCCCUCUGAGCUACAGCUUCAUUCACCUCUGUUUCCAGGAGUUCUUUGCAGCAAUGUCCUAUGCCCUGGAGGAUAAGAAGGGGAGAGGUAAACAUUCUGAUUGCAUCAUAGAUUUGGAAAAGUUGCUAGCAGCAUAUGGAACACAUGGCCUAUUUGGGGCACCAACCACACGUUUCCUAUUGGGCCUGUUAAGUGAUGAGGGGAAGAGAGCGAUGGAGAACAUCUUUAACUGCCGGCUGUCUCAGGGGAGGAACCUGAAGCAGUGGGUCCCGUCCCUGCAACCCCUGCUGCAGCCACACUCUCUGGAGUUCCUCCACUGUUUGUACGAGACUCAGAACAAAACGUUCCUGACACAAAUGAUGGCCGAUUUCCAAGAAAUGGGCAUGUGUGUGGAAACAGACAUGGAGCUCCUGGUAUGCACUUUCUGCAUUAAAUUUUGCCACCACGUGAAGAAGCUUCAACUGAUUGAGGGCAGGCAGCACAGACCAGCAUGGAGCCCCACCGGGACAGUCCUGUUCAGGUGGGUCCCAGUCACAGAUGCCUACUGGGAGAUUCUCUUCUCCAUCCUCAAGGUCACCAGAAACCUGAAGGAGCUGGACCUAAGUGGAAACUCGCUGAGCCACUCUGCAGUGAAGAGUCUUUGUAAGACCCUGAGACGCCCUCGCUGCCUCCUGGAGACCCUGCGGUUGGCCGGCUGUGGCCUCACAGCUGAGGACUGCAAGGACCUGGCCUCUGGGCUGAGAGUCAACCAGAACCUGACCGUGCUGGACCUGAGCUUCAAUGUGCUCACGGAUGCUGGAGCCAGAUACCUUUGCCAGAGACUGAGUUGGCCGUUCUGCACGCUACAGCGACUGCAGCUGGUCAGCUGUGGCCUCACGUCUGGUUGCUGCCAGGACCUGGCCUCUGUGCUCAGCACCAGCCCCCUCCUGAUGGAGCUAGACCUGCAGCAGAACAACCUGGGCAACACUGGUGUGCAACUGCUGUGUGAGGGGCUCAGGCAUCCUGCCUGCCAACUCACACGCCUGGGGCUGGACCAGACGACUCUGAGUGAUGAGAUGAGGCAGGAGCUGAGGGCCCUGGAGCAGAAGAAACCUCAGCUGCUCAUCUUCAGCACAUGGAAACCAACUGAGAUGAUCCCUAAUGAGGGCCUGGGUACAGGAGAGACGAGUAAUAGCACGUCCUCACUCAAGCGGCAGAGACUCAGAUCAGAAACCGAGUCUUCCCACGUUGCUCAGGCUGAUCUCAAACCCCUGGACUGGAGCAAUCUUCCUGCCAAGGCCUCCCAAAGUGCUGGGAUUACAGGCAAGAGCCACGAGGGAAGCUCCCCAGAGGUAGAACAGGUGGAACCCUUGUGCCUGCCUUCACCUGCCUCUCUAGGGGACCAGGAUACGCCUUUGGGGACUGACGACGACUUCUGGGGCCCCACGGGGCCUGUGGCUACUGAGGUAGUUGACAAAGAAAGGAGCCUGUACCGAGUUCACUUCCCUGUAGCUGGCUCCUACCGCUGGCCCAACACGGGUCUCUGCUUUGUGGUGAGAGAAGCGGUGACCACUGAGAUUGAAUUCUGUGUGUGGGACCAGUUCCUGGGUGAGAUCAACCCACAGCACAGCUGGAUGGUGGCAGGGCCUCUGUUGGACAUCAAGGCUGAGCCCGGAGCCGUGGAAGCUGUGCACCUCCCUCACUUUGUGGCUCUCCAAGGGGGCCAUGUGGACACGUCCCUGUUCCAAGUGGCCCACUUUAAAGAGGAGGGGAUGCUCCUGGAGAAGCCAGCCAGGGCGGAGCUGCAUCACAUAGUUCUGGAAAACCCCAGCUUCUCCCCCUUGGGAGUCCUCCUGAAAGUGAUCCAUAGUACCCUGCGCUUCUUUCCCGUCAACUCCCUGGUGUUGCUUUACCACCGCCUCCAUCCUGAGGAAGUCACCUUCCACCUCUACCUGAUCCCAAGUGACUGCUCCAUUCGGAAGGCCAUAGAUGAUGAAGAAACGAAAUUCCAGUUUGUGCGAAUCCACAAGCCACCCCCGCUGACCCCACUUUAUAUGGGCUGUCGUUACACCGUGUCUGGGUCUGGUUCAGGGAUGCUGGAGAUACUCCCCAAGGAACUGGAGCUCUGCUAUCGAAGCCCUGGAGAAGCCCAGCUGUUCUCGGAGUUCUACGUUGGCCACUUGGGAUCAGGGAUCAGGCUGCAAAUGAAAGACAAGAAAGAUGAGACUCUGGUGUGGGAGGCCUUGGUGAAACCAGUGCCCUUGAAUUAACAGAUGUCGACAUCCACAAAGCUUUUCGCAAAGUUUCUCACGAUAGUUUGGAUGUGAGGUGGAAGAAUAAGACCUAGAUAGUCAUAUGGUUGUAUGGGUUAAGCCGAUUUGGCAAUUUCAGAUACUCUCCCCUGUAUCGCUCAGUGUUUUUGAGGUGGACAAGAGGAAAUCAAAUAGUACAUUUUCUGGGAUAGAGAAAACGUAUGGACUCUUAGUCUAGUACCAACACUCGAAGAACCCAAACCCUCCAAACAGUCCUUCGAAGACAACCAUCCCUAGUCAGCUGUCAAAAAAUGGUGAGUCUACCUCCUGACCUGCAACAAGCUGGCUUCACAGUGUAGUGGAAAGAGGAUGGGCUGUACUGAGUCCUGGCUUGGGUGCAAACACAGAUGGAGAACUAACCAGCCCCAGCUUCAGACCUGGAUUCAAAUCCCACUCCAGCACUUACUUGCUGAGUGACCUUGGGAAAAUUGCUUAAUUCAUUUGAGUCCCUCGUCUGUAAAAAGAGGAUCAUAAUGACUAAUUUGUAGGAAUGUUGAAAAGAAUAAAUAAAGCAAUGUCUAUACAUUCCUCAUGCAGUAAUCCUUAACAAAUCAUAGCAAUAUUAUCUUUUUCCUCAUGUUAAGCCAAUCUCUGCCUCUUAUCAGUCUUAAUUCUGUCCCUUGGAACUCACAGAAAAAGUGUAUCUCCUUCCCCAUGAGAAAGCUAUUUAGAUUCUGGAAGACUGUGGUCAUAGCCUUCCUGAUGACUCUUGUUAUACAAGUUAGACAUCUCAGCUCCUUCCAUCGUUCCUCUGCUAUUUUGGUUUGUAAAUUCUUUGCCAUCCAGUCACCUCCCUCAGCAGAUGCUCCAGUGUGGGAAUGAGUCAGAAUUGACCCCUGGACUGUCCAGUCAGCAGAGAGGAUGUGAAACACCCUCCUUUCUCCACCCACAUGGAUCCUGUGCUCCUGGUACCACAGCCUGAACUCCCUCCCCUGUGCCCACCUCCCUGAACUGUGAGAUCACAGUUGGAGUCUGCUCAGACUCUCAGGCCUUGUACAUAUGAACUGCUGUGAACUUCCCCUUUCUCUCCUUUGCAAAGCAAUUUUUAAGUCCCUUCAUUUUUGUUGUUGUCUGUCUUUUCUGUUAAAAUUCAUUUGUUAUUCCCAUGUCCUAAGAUUGCUUGAUCUUGAUUCUAGAUUCUGACAUCCAAUUCCAGAACAUACACCUUUGGUUGGUGCCAGUGUAGAAGGCUAAACAAGAACAAGGAAGUAGAUUUCUGCUCAGAACAAGGAGGUGCUAAAUAGUUCAAGCUACCUAGCAAGGGGUUUGGUUAGUUCACCGGGGAUACAGUUCAGGCCAACACGGGAUUAAAACCAAGUCUGGGAUGUUGUAGGAGAAAUUGCUAUUGCUCAUUUGGAUGCCUUCUCUCUAUUACUGUAUGAUCACAGCUUCUGGGCCUCAGUUUCCCCAUAUGUAUAAGGAAGGGAUUCAACUAGAUAACCUCUAAGGACCUUUCCAGCUCUUACUCCAGAUUCUACCAGAAUUUGUCUGUGACUUUUUUCUAAACCAAAGAAUCUCAGAAGUGAGUGGGAGCCUGGAGGUGUAUUGUGUGUGUUAAUAACUUAGCACUGUUUCAGAUGCAUCUUCAUCUCUGUUUUC